GUGGACCCAGGGCCCACGGACACACACACCCUUCCCUGCUGCCUCGCGCGCCGCCUGGCCUGCUCUGCCCAAACGGACACCAUUCACGCCUGGGCGCCCCGGCCGGGCCUGGGAGCCCAAGGUCGCGGCUGGGGCCAGCGCCAAGAGGCAGAGGAUGAGAGCCAGUGCCGCCCCGGGCAUCCCCGGAGACCCGGGAGCAUCGGUGCUGGGAGAUCCGCUGCUCCUGAUCGCCCAGACUGCUAAGAGCCCAUGAAGUGGGUACUGUUUUAUCCCCAUUUCACAGAUGAAGAAACUGAGGUACAAACUAGUUUUUGUUUUGGUCCAGAAAAGAAGCUUUUCAAGCAUGGCUUUAGCAGAUAAGAGACUUGAGAACUUGCAGAUCUACAAAGUUCUUCAAUGUGUUCGGAACAAAGACAAGAAGCAGAUAGAGAAGCUGACCAAGCUUGGAUACCCUCAACUAAUCAAUUUCACAGACCCCAUCGAUGGACUCAGUGCUCUGCACUUGGCCUCAGUUUCCAAUGACAUCGAUAUGGUCAGCUUUCUCCUUGAGCUGGGUGCUCACCCUGAUGUGCAAGACCGGAUGGGCUGUACUCCCACAAUGAGGGCUGCAGAACUGGGCCAUGAACUGUCAAUGGAAAUAUUAGCCAAGGCAAAGGCGGAUAUGACUAUAGUUGAUAAUGAAGGAAAAGGUGUUUUGUUUUACUGCAUUUUACCUACUAAGCGGCAUUAUCGCUGUGCUCUGAUUGCCCUCAAAUAUGGUGCAGAUGUCAACAAUUGUUCCUAUGAAGGAAAACCAGUAUUCCUUAGAGCUUGUGAAGAAGCACAUGAUGUUAAGGAACUGUGCCUGACAUUCUUGGAAAAAGGAGCCAAUCCCAACACUAUCAACUCAAUAUUGAAGCUUCUUUUCACCUACAAUGGAGACAUGGGUCUGAUUGCAAUGAAUGGGAACACACCACUUCACUAUGCUGCCAUGGGCGGUUUUGCAGAUUGCUGUAAAUAUAUAGCUCAGCGAGGAUGUGACCUGAAAUGGAAGAAUUUAGAGCAUAAAACGCCCAGGGCUGUGGCAAAGGACAGCGGCUUCAAAGCAGCAAGCAAAGAAAUACUCCGAGCAGAGAGAAUCGCCACUAAACUGGCCAAGCCAGGAGUUAAAAAUCCCAAUCCGCUCUGGGCCCUUAGACUACAUGACUGGUCUGUAGAACAUGAGACUUCCCUCCGCGAAACCUUUGCGCUUGUGGACAGGGGCGAUGGAACUGUCACCAAGGAGGACUUUGUGAUGACGCUGGAGGAGAGACAAGAUUUUGCAAGCUCGGAAAAUCUGAUGGCCUUAGCUCAACUUCAUGAAAAAACCCGGGGAUCAGGGGUCAACGUGAAUGAUUUCUUUAAAGGAACCAAAUACUUAUCCAAGUCUUUUGUAUUGGGAUCUUAUGGGCCUAAGAGAAAGGGAAAAGGGAUGGGCAAAAAGGGAAGGAAAGGCAAGUUUGUUUUACCACUCCCGAUCUGUGUCAUUCCUGAGCAGGCGUUUCCACGCCGGGAAGACGGUGGGCCUCCCUAUUACAUGAUAGAAACCUAUCAGAAUGUCACUGACAGCAGUCGGUUUAAUCGAGAUCAUCCACCAGAACAUCCCAUUCAGGAUGACUCUGCCUGGUACAUUGAUGAUCCGGGGAAGGUAUUUGCAAAUAUUAAUUUCAUCACCAAGGCAGGCGACCUGGCUUCUCUGAAAAAGGCAUUCGAAUCAGGAAUACCUGUCGAUAUGAAGGAUAAUUACUACAAAACACCACUAAUGAUGGCGUGUGCAAGUGGAAACAUAGAUGUGGUCAAGUUUCUUCUUGAAAAAGGGGCUAACGUUAAUGCAACAGAUAAUUUUCUGUGGACUCCACUUCAUUAUGCAUGCCAUGCAGGUCAACAAGAUAUUGUUGAGCUUCUUGUUAAAUCUGGAGCUUUAAUUGAUGCAGUUUCAAUCAACAACUCAACUCCUUUAAGUAGAGCCAUUGAAAGCUGUAGGCCGGAUACUGUAAAAUACCUACUUGAUAUUGGUGCUAAAUUCCAGCUGGAAAAUAGAAAAGGGCAUAGUGCCAUGGAUAUUGCAAAGGCAUAUGCUGAUGAUAGAGUAAUUAGUCUGAUUAAAGAGAAGCUAGAUAACCUGCCAAAGCCAGCAAAAAGUCAAAAACUGAAAGGCAAGCCACCUCUUAAACCGAAGACCGAACCCCUUGAAAUUAAGAAAGAAGAGGAACAACUUUCAAUUUAUACUGUACCACCCAUAUCAGAAGGAAAGAAAAUGCAGAAGGAUAAUGUGGUUUAUCUCAAUUCAUUGAUUACCAGUGGUUAUACCAAGAAAGUGGAUACCACAUUUAUUCCACGGAGGAACCCUGUCGCGUCCCAGCCGUCCUUGAAUCCGGAGCCCUCCACCUUCUCCGCGGAUGUUUGGGCGGUUCUAUCAGGCGGGUACGUGCCUCUGAGGACUAUUCCUAAGAUACCCGACACAAAACCCCAGGCUGCGACUGCAAAUGCAACCGAAAACAGCGUCAUCAAUGCAGCCCGCGGCCAAACAGCCCCCGACUCCAAGCCCCAGCCCCAGCGAGCCCACGCCGGCGGGCUAGCGGCCGCGCUCCGGGUCCCCAGCCCGUCCCACGUCUCUCCGCGCUAA